AUGGUCACCCCGCCGCCCGGGAGCCGGCCGGACCGCACGCCCCGCGCGCCGCAGUCGGCGCACGCGGGCGGCGGCCCGGGCGCAGGGGCGGCGGGCGGGCACGCGGCGACCCCCAACGCGGCGCAGCUGCUGUCAGACCAGCGCGCCCAGCAGCAGCAGUUUCUCUCAGCCCUGCCCGAGCCGACCCUGCCCUCUCCUGGGUCCCUCCUGAUGCAGCAGCGCCUGGGGCGCGGCGGUGGCGGCGGCGGCGCAGCGGGCGCGCCGGGCAGCCUGGCGUGGCGGAUGCAGCAGCUGCUGCAGCUGCAGAAGCUGCAGCAGGAGCGGCUGGCCGCGGCGGCGGACGCGCCGGCGCCGGAAGGCGCCAUGCGGCUGACUGUGCGCGCCUUCCUGUGGGGGGGCGGCGUCGCCAAGGUCCUCUGCAGCAGCGAGGAGCAGCAGCAGCAGCAGCAGCAGCAGCAGCAGCAGCAGCAGCAGCAGCAGCAGCAGCAGCAGCGGCGGCAGCCAAGGGACGUCGUGCUGAUCCUUCAGAGCAAGGCCAGCCACGCGGUCGACCUCGCGCCCGGCCGGCGCCUGGCGGUGCACGCGCCCUGGCACGAGGUCGCGCUGCCGGGGGAUGGCCCGGCGGCCAUCCUCGCGCACCUCGUAUCGCAGCGGCCGGCCGAACAGGACGAGGUGACGCAGCGGCCGCGCUUCUGA